AUGAAGUAUUUAUUAGGACUCGAGAUUGCUAAGGGUCCAAAAGGCAUUUCUAUUUGUCAAAAAAAAUAUACAUUGGAUCUUUUAGAUGAAUAUGGGAUGCUUGGUACUAAACCAGUCACUACUCUAAUAGAUUAUAGUCAUAAGCUUAGUAAGGCAGUUGAUGGAAAGGAGGUUGAUAAUCCAACAAGAUAUAGGCAGCUGGUAGGCAAACUAUUAUGCUUAACAUUCACAAGACCUGAUAUUUCCUAUGCUGUUCAGGUUUUAUCUCUGUUUAUGGAAAAACCAAAGCAAGAACAUAUGUCUGCAGCUUAUGGGCCAUUGAAGUAUCUUAAGUUAGCUCCAGGACAAGGGAUAUUCAUGAAGGCAGACUCGUAUUUAAGCAUAUUAGCCUACUCAGACAGUGAUUGGGUUGGUUGUGGUGAUACAAGGAAAUCAGUUACAGGUUCAACUGAGGCUGAAUACAAGUCAAUGGCUGCAGUUUGCUAUGAAAUCAUGUGGCUAAAAUACUUGUUAUCUGAUUUAGGCAUUAAACGGAGUGCAGCAGUCAAACUUUAUUGCGAUAACCAAUCUGCAUUUCAUAUAUGUCGCAAUCCAGUGUUUCAUGAGCGCACAAAACAUAUAGAUAUGGACCACCAUUUUAUCAGGGAAGAGGUGCUUGAAAGAUUGAUUGAACCAGUGUAUAUUUCUACUGGAUCAUUAACUGCAGAUUUGUUGACAAAGGCAUUGCAACCAACACAAUAUCACCGUUUAUUACACAAGAUGAAUAUUCAUGACAUUCAUGCUCCGCCAUGA